AUGGCCAGCAGCUCCCAGGAAGCAUCCACGGCAUCUGCCACGGCCCUCAAGACGCCCAUUGACCACCCAACCGCAGACAGCAAGCCGGCACCCAGGGCCGAGUUGACCGCAGACCAGAAGACCAAGUACGAGGCUCUCCUGGCCAAAGCCAAGGAGUUCAAGGAGGUCAAGUGCACCACUGAGUCCAAGAGCGGUGACCUCACCGAUGGCGAACACCAAUGGUUGUCCCGCGAGUGCCUUUUGCGGUAUCUCCGUGCGACCAAGUGGAACGUCGACGAGUCGGCCAAGAGGCUGCUUGACACGCUCGCCUGGCGCCGCGAAUACGGCCUGGAAGGCUUCACUCCCGAGUACAUCUCCCCGGAGCAGGAGACGGGCAAGCAGAUAAUCUUCGGCUACGACCGCUUUGGACGCCCGUGCCAGUACCUGAACCCCAACCGCCAGAACACCGAGACAAGCCCCAGGCAGAUCCACCAUCUUUUCUACAUGGUUGAGCGAGUCACCGAUCUGAUGCCGCCUGGCGUUGAGACCCUCAGCCUGCUCAUCAACUUCAAGCCCAGCAAGGCGAGAAAGGACACCAGUGUCCCCAUCAGCACGGCCCGUGAGGUGCUGCACAUCCUGCAGAACCACUACCCCGAGCGACUUGGCAAGGCUCUCAUUAUCAAUGUGCCUUGGCUUGUUUGGGGGUUCUUCAAGCUCAUCACCCCAUUUAUUGACCCUGUGACCCGUGAGAAGCUCAAGUUCAACGAGGACAUGAAGCAGUAUGUGCCACCAGAGCAGCUCUGGAGCGCCGACUGGGGAGGUGACCUGGAAUUCGAGUACGACCACGAGACGUUCUGGCCCGCCCUCAACGAGAUGUGCCGGAAACGCCGUGAGGAGAAGGCCAAGCGCUGGGCGGCAGCUGGCAAGCAGAUUGGCGAGUCAGAGGAUUACCUCGCGGGGGGCGUGGACGUGAGCGUCACCGGCUUCAAGUACGAGGCCGGCAAGGCGGCCGCCGUGUCCCAGAGCGACCUGGAUGCAGUGGAGGAGAAGUUGGCUCAGGCUAAAUUGGAGGAGAAGGAGGACGUCACGGUCGCGGCGACCACUGCUGCUUGA